UUACCGCUCAGUAUCACAUUUGGACAGUGGAGACGGUUUUAUAAAGGUUUCCGCUUCCACGGCAGCUCACUGGCCGACAUGAAACUCUAAUCCGCUUGCAGCUGUCACUGGGACUUUUCAGACUGAGCGCAGGCUAACAGUUAGCUGUGUUAGCUUAUCUAUUCACAGUCAAUGGAGAGAAGGCAGAACUCCGUUAAACUGGACGAGCUUAAUGUACAACUUGAAACAUCCGGUCGUCUCCUUUCUGAUGCAGAUGAAGACUCCUCCAGACAGGUCAGGAAUCACUUUCGAGGUCGGAGCGCAGCUGGAAGCCCGAGAUCGACACAAGAACUGGUACACAGCUACAAUUGAAAAAAUCGACUACGACAAAGAGCGGGUCCUGAUCCACUACCGUCAGUGGAGCCGUCGACAUGAUGAAUGGUUUCAGUGGAACUCGCCGUACCUUCGGCCGCUGGAGCGAGUCAGUCUGAGGAGGCAGGGCCUGAAUCCACCACGAUCUCACCCGAUGUUUGUUUCAGGAACGAAGGUUCUGGCCUGUUGGACAGACUGUCGUUUCUACCCGGCCAAAAUCCUCAGGGUCAACAAGGACGACUCCUACACAGUGCGUUUCUACGAUGGCGUGGUUCGGACCGUGAAGCCCACCAAGGUCAAACCCUUCCAGGAAAAGUCCAGAUCUGAGAAGAGUGCGGUGGGAAGCGAGGGAUGGGAGGAAGGAGAGAGCGAGGAGGAGGAGGAUGGUGGAGAAAAAGAAGAAGAAGAAGAGAAGAAGGAAGAGGAGGCGGAGGAGAAGGUGACAUCAGAGGAGCGGGACGGAGCUGUGGAGGGGGAGGAGGAGAGGAAGAGGAAGGCAGAAGCUUCAUCCUCGCAUCCACCAGCAAAGAAGAAAACAGAUGACAGUAGAAGCAGCGGCGCUGAGAAUCAGCCAAUCACGGUUGACUCCACCCGGCCAGCCGCUCCUAACCCCGCCCACAUCGACAGAGACGUCCUGUUGGAGCGUCAGGCCCACCUGCCCACCACACACAAAUUCAGCAGAGAACCACUGUAUAGAGUGAUAAAGAACCAGCCUCCUCCCAUCCUCUCCAUUGAGUUGGACCACAACCCUUUCAAGUGUCCCGCAGCGGGCUGCACCAAGUCGUUCAGGAAGGCGAGUCUGCUACACUACCACAUCAAGUACUACCACUCCGACCAGCAGCUGGACGAGCGAGGCAGCGAGCAGGAGGCACCGAGGAGGAAGCGGUCGUCUUCUGAGGGAGGCGACUUCGUGUCAGACAGGAAGAACGAGAACCGGAAUAUCACCUGUCACCGAGACGACAGAGAGCACAGCACCAUGGGAACAGGUAGGACAGAAGGGAAGAGGGACGGAGAGCGGGAGAAAACCGGAGGGCAGAACAGAAAGGAGAGGAAGAACUUCCUGAGAGUCAAACUAAAGAAGAAGAAAAAGAAGAAGAAGAAGAAGAAAAGUCAGUCAGGACUCGGCAGCAGCGACGAUGAGAACUCAGACAGACCUCCGAUCACUCUGAAGCUCUCCACCGCACACCACGACACACACAAACCCGUUGACGACGGCAGCGACUGGUCGACGCUAACAGCGGAGAGCGGAGAGGACACGGCCUCUUGGCCCGUUGCCAUGGAGACAGAGGAGUGUGAGGUGGUGAGGUGUGUGUGUGAGGUGGACGAGGAGAACGACUUCAUGAUCCAGUGUGAGUCGUGUCUGUGUUGGCAGCACGGCACCUGUAUGGGUUUAUAUGAAGACAACAUCCCACAUAACUACAUCUGCUACUACUGCAGACACGCUGCAGGUUGGAGGCGGGCCCAGCGUUUCCUGUCCGAGCCUGAUUUUCUGAUAUCUGGUCACAUGUUUGGCCUGUCGUGUGUGAAGGAGAACUACUCGGAGAUAAACGCCUCGAAGAUCACACACACCAGCCGUCUGCUGGCGCACACACACGGCCUCAGUCAGGUCCUCAGUGGGCUGCAGCUCAAAAUCAGCCUGUUACACUCUCCACCCCACCCCGAUCUGCAGCUGUGGAGCUUGCCGUGGAGACGGGAAGAGGGGCCGAGAUUGACGUCCAGCCCAAGAGGAGACCCCGCCAUCUGUUACGUCAGCAGCGAGCACUGCUACCAGAAGCCCGGAGCAUCGUGGGAAAAAGCGGAGGAGAGAGAAAAGGAAAGGCAGGCGGCCGCAGCGAAGCAGGAACGACACACUGAGCAGAAGGAAAUAAAGCCCGAAGACAUCAGCAAGCAGGUGACUGACGCUACGACAGGUGACCAUAGGAACACUGUGACAACCACAGACACACACAGCGACAGCGGCAUAAAAACGGAAAAGCACACGCGCGCGGACUGCGAGGAACGCACACGCACUCAGACACACGCACCCGGGCCUCGUCCGGCGUCUGUGGCCGAGUGUCAGCUGAACCUGCUGGAGCACGUCGAGUCUCUUCACCACCAGAUCAGUGCCAGGAUGGACCUGAUCGAACGAGAGCUUGACGUCUUAGAGUCCUGGUUGGACCACUCGGGCGAGCUCGAGCCUCCCGACCCUCUGUCCCGACUUCCGCAGCUCAAACAGCGAAUCGGGCGUCUGCUGCGUGACCUCUGCACUGUGAGAUGCCUGUCAGUCUGCCGCUGACGCUUCCACUCCUUCAUCUCUGCGCCCCCUGACCUUUUAUCCCGCACGUCACCGCUAGCCAAUAGGAGCAAACGGACAGACUGACUGACUGACGAUUGCCAGCACACGACUAGACGGACCUGUCGAGAGCGAGUCAUUGAGCGCGUCACUCUCGAGUCUGGAGGGAAAACGUGGCUUGUUUCCACACAGUCACAGGACGACGCCCCCUCUGGUGGAGAAAAGGUGCACUGCAACAAGAGAACGAAAAAGGGCGAGAUUUUUUUUUAUAAAGUGACUGAACGGGUGAUUUUUGCAGUUAAAUUUGACAAAGGCACAAGAGCGUUUCCCGAACUGCCUCCAGCAGGACUCAAUACCGCACCGUUUACGGUGAAGACAGGUUUGAUUAAUGAUUGAUUUGUUUGGAUUUGGUUUUUAAUCAGCUUCUGUCGUCCAUGUUGUCAUCAGGAACGCAAUCAUGUUUGUCUGUUCGCGUCGCCUCGGAGCGUGUGUUGCCGUGACAUCAGAACGAAGUUACAGCUGAGCUUAGACUGAGCUUAACACGUUGUCACACAGCGCAUUCCAGCAACUAUCCAGGCUAACAAACGUCCCGCUGUGUAAAAUGUAACCGCCGACACACGCACCUUAAGGGUUUGGGUGGAUUUUUCAAAACAUGAGGAUUUAGUCAAAAGAUUUCCACAGUGAUGCUUUCAUUGGUUUGAUAUUUCUCACUGCACAGAUUUUUGUAAUUGUGCUAAAGUUAGCACCGACUGAGAAAUUUUUUCUACUUAAAAAGGGGUCAUUACCCUUUUUAGGUAAAAGAACAGAGAGAAAACAUUCUCAGGGGGUUUUAAGGUCUUUGUCACAGCAUCAGUCAAGCGUUGCAGCAAAAUUCAUUUGUGCAUCUUGGUGAAAUAUUUGGUUGUAAAAGCCCGGUGACCACUAACACGCCAGCUGUGUUAGCACUAGUCCGUCAUAACAGCUCCCUGAGCUGCUUUCGGUUUCCUCAGGAUUGUACUUCAUGUCAUCCAGUACAGAGUUUAAUAAAGAACUCUUAACUGGCUUGUUAACUGUUAACCAGCAUCGACUGUCAGUUAACAAGCUAGUUAGCUCGGUAGCUAAUGCGAGAUUUCGCUUCCCACGGUGCAUUUAAAAGACAUACAGGUAGCAUGGACACCCGUCUCCUAACCGUCUGAAAACCAGUCCUCUUUUGUGGAGCCGUUCAUGCUCUUACGGUGAAGGUUGAUUAAGACCGGGAGGUGCAGCGCAGCUAAUAAGCUGCAAUAGCUCCCUCCAUUUUGGACUCUCUGCCUCUCUGGUCACUCAGAGGUCCGCUCUGUCAGGACAGUUUUGCGUGACACAUUUGUGCAUCUGUGUUCACCGAAUUUGAAGCUGAUGGGAAAAAAACUUGAGCAGAUUAAUCCGAGAAGAGAAUCCGUUGAUUGUGGUGGUUGCACUGAAGUUCAUGGACUUUUUAAAUGCUGGCGUGACUGGGCCAUUGCAGGACAUGGUGAGGCAGAAACGAGCAUUUUAAAGCUCAAAUUCCAUAACUCGGCACACAUCUUCGUCCAAAUUAGGUUUAACAAAAGAGAAGUUGUCAGUGCGUCCAAUCUGCACUGACAGUCCAAACGAACCGACGCAGACACAAAUUUAUGCUACACAGACUCAUAACAUAAAAUAAUUUGAAAUUAAAGCAGAGUGUUGAGAGAGUUUCCAUCUACAUUUAAUGAGCAAACAUACAUAUCGAUGCAUAUGUAAAAGACUUUUCAACUAAAAGACAUUUUGCAUAUCAGCUUUAAGCCGUUUCCAUAGUUUCACUCUGAGUAGCUCCUGGCUUUGUCUCCAGGUUAACAAGCUCAGUGCAGUAUAAUAGCACCAUGUAUGCAACACAGUUCUCUAAGCUCCCAGGUUCUCUUACUGCCGGAGUGUUUCGGAGCCUCAAGCUGUCUCUUCUCGGUUCAGCCUCGACACAUUUUGAACCAGCGGGUCCCUCUGAAGAACUCUGUACGUAGAAAUGAUUCAUCGGAGAUGGAGAACACUGGCGGUGCUCAUAAGCGUUGCUAGCCCGCUCCCAGUAAAAGGAACCAACACAAGCUUCCUCCGUUGUGACCCAAAAACAACUUUAAAAUGUAAAUAUGUCCAAUUGAAUGUUUUAUACUCUUAUACAAGAAGCAAACUGUAUAAAGCUGCAGAUUUAUUUUGAUAGAAAGAGUGCUUAUGAAUCUACGAUGGAGCAGUGGGGGCAAGUGGAGAUUUCUAGAAAAAAUAUUUUGAGAAAAAAAUUGUAAUUUCUAGUAAAAAGUCAAAAUAUUACAAGAAAAAGUGGUUCAUAUUUUUUUUGGUAAAAUUAUGAAAAUAUUACAAAUUACAGCUUCUCUCAAAAUGUGACUUUUGUCUUGAGAUACUGUAUCAGGACUUUUUCUUUUUUCUCGUAAUUCGACUAUUUUCUGAAACUGACGACUUUAUUCUCAAAAUCUCCAGUUGUUCUCCAGCAGUGGCCCUUUUAUCCUCAUACACAUUCUCCUGAUGAACUCUGGUGUGUUUCCAGUUCCUGGCUGUCUGGUGGAGGAACACAGCCUCUGGUGCUUCUCCUCAGUUACUGCGCAACUAGGUUUGUUCUCAUUCCGAUGCUGUUCGGUUACCUGCUCAGUUCACCCCGGUUUCUGAUGGUGUGUUCGGACGGUCCUCGUCACCUGGGACAAGUCCGCCUCACGUCAUUCGAAAACCCACGGUGGCAUCUUGACCGAAACGCAAGCACGCGAUUCGGUCGUGUGAUCGUUUCUGUUGGCGUCAAGGAGGAUCAGCCCGAAUGCAGUACACGUUCACGCACAUCGAGCCUCAAACUCAGAAGUAAAAGUUUUCUUUUUUACUCUAAAGAUUUUUCUGAGGAUUUCGACCUUUGAUUGAAACGAUAAAAUGCCAGUCACUGUGUGGACACGGACGUGUCACAUUUAGGACAUUUUGUGUUACGAACAACCAAAGUUUUACGUUAUUAUAAUUCUUGUUUUGUUCAUAUUUUCUGUAAAUUUGCUCUCUCUGCAUUACGUUCUGCUGCCAGGUAUGUAAUAGAGAAUAUUAUGUUUCAUUCAUCUUAAUUAAAUGUAUUUGUUUUUUCUUCUGAAAUGCAGUCAAAUCUAAACAUUCAUUUAA